AUGGAUAGGUUUAAGAAUACUACAUUCCAUAGGGAGAAUCAACCAACACCUAAACCCAAACCCAAACCUAAACUGAAAGGGUAUCUCACACCAACCAAAGAAGAGGCAAGAUCGGAUUUUAUCAAAGAAUUAGUUCAAACAGGUAAAGCUAAUUGGAAAAUAGCUCCAUCGGAUUUGAAAAGAAGAUAUAAUGGUAUAUAUAUGAUUUUAUUAGCAAUCCCUGUGGUUUUAGUGACCUCAGUGGAAUUAUAUAGAAGGUUGGAAGGGAAAUCUACUAAAAAGAUUCAACAGGGAGAAAUUUUAGAUAAUGGAGAAGUAAGAAAAUUCGAUGAACUUGAAAAGUAUAAGGUUGAAAAACAAUCAUGGAGUUACAGAUUAUUUGGAAAAGAUUUCUUUCUUGAUGGGUUUACUAGUAAAACCAUGAAAGAUGAGAGCAAGGAAAAAUAA